AACACAAUUACCAACCAUUUAGUUCUUAGUUAGUUUUUCAACAAGGAGAGAGCUAAUCAAAGAAAAAGCAUGAAGCUCCCUUUGAUAGAUUUGAGCAAGCUAGGAGAAGAUGAUUCUACAAGAUGGGAAUCAGCCAAAAUCGAAAUCCGAGAAGCCCUGCAAGAAUAUGGGUGCUUCGAAGCAACAUUCGAUGAGAUUCCUGUUGAGUUGAGGAAGUCAGUUGUUGAGGGGAUUCAACAACUUUUCGAUCUCCCUUUGCCCAUCAAAAUGCGUAACAAAUCAGACAAACCAUACCAUGGCUACGUUGGACAAAGCCCUUUCGUUCCACUCUUCGAAAGUAUGGGCAUCGACGGCGCUCUCUCGCCUCAAACUGUCGACACAUUCACCAACCUCAUUUGGUCCCAAGGCAAUCCCACUUUCAGCAAGAAUAUACAGUUAUACUGUGAGAAAUUGUCUGAAUUGGACAAGUUUGUGAGGCGAGCGGUGGUGGAGAGCCUUGGACUGGAAAAGUACGGCGACGAGCACAUGAAGUCGACGGAUUACGUGUGUCGAGUCCAGAAAUACGAGGCGCCUCGAACCCCUCACACAACCCUCGGAUUAAUUCCCCAUACCGACAAGAACAUCGUCACCAUUUUGCAUCAGCUCAAUCAUGUUAGAGGUCUGCAAAUUCUUACCAAAGAUGGCAAAAAUUGGAUCGCUGCAGAUCCAACGUCUCUCAAUUCUUUCGUCGUCAUGAUCGGAACCUCUUUCCAUGCAUGGACAAACGGGCGACUGCAUGCGCCUUAUCAUAGGGUGAUGGUGAGCGGGGACGAAGCUCGAUACUCGAUCGGAUUGUUUUCGAAUCCAAAAGCAGGGUGCGUGAUUAAGGCUCCGGAAGAGAUGGUGGAUGAAGAUCAUCCUUUGCUGUACAAGCCCUUUGAUUACAUCAACUUCGUCGAAUUUUUCUAUACAGAUGUUGGCAGGACUUCGCCGAAUGCUCUCAUGGAAUAUUGUGGAGCCUAAACUCCAUCAACGGACUCUUGUCUUGUUUAUGCAUAAUUUAUCAACUUGUGUGUGUGCUGCUUAUAAGAUAUCUCGACUCCAUCCCAGCUGCCAAGAUGAGCCUAUAUAUAGGCUAUACUUACUUAUCAAUUCAAGGCUAGCUAUAUAUAUUUUACAUGUACUUUAGAUUUGAUUAAUUUGGUAUAGACAUGUUCAUUAAUUAUGUGAAGAAAAUAAUAUAUACAAUUAUAUUUUCAUA